AUGCUUCCUUGCUCCAUUGAAUUACCAAAAUUGGGAGAUGCCAUAAAUGAGCAAAGGGUUGCUCUGUAUUCUUCUCUAGAGAAGUGCCUUGUACAGCUAGCAAAUAAGUUUGUGAUUGCUGUAGAUGAUGAAAAUGGUGAUGAAGAAGGAGAUCUUAUCAUGGCAGCAUCUCUUGCAAGUUCUCAGGCUCUGGCUUUUAUGAUUAGGCAUGGCUCAGGAAUUGUAUCUGUUGGGAUGAAGCAAGAGGAUCUGGAGAGGCUAAGCCUUCCUUUGAUGUCAACUGGCAGUGAGAAUGAGGAUCCAUCCGCCGUAACUUACACAGUGACAGUGGAUUUGAAAACCGGGGCAUCUACUGGAGUGUCAGCCUCGGAUAGGGCGAAGACUAUUCUUGCUCUUUCGUCUCCAGAUUCUAAGCCGCAAGAUUUCAGAAGACCAGGCCAUGUAUUUCCACUCAAGUAUAGAAAUGGUGGUGUUCUAAAGAGAGCUGGUCACACUGAAGCUUCAGCGGAUUUAGUUUCACUUGCUGGCUUGCGGCCUAUAUCUGUUCUUUCUGCAAUUCUUGAUGCUGAGGAUGGCUCUAUGGCCCGAUUACCCGCUUUAAGAAAGAUAGCCAAGGAGAACAGCAUACCAAUCAUCUCAAUCUUGGAUCUCAUCCGAUUGGGCUCCUUUUCUUCAUCUCAGGAUUUUGGGGGACGUUCCCUGUCUUCCAGGCUAUCUUCACCUUCCCUCAAGAGCGUGCAAUGCUGA